ACUCCCUUUCCUACUCUGCCUCAACAAAUCCCCUCCUCGCUUUCUCUCAAGCAUCUCUCAGGCUCUUAGCCCUCUGGUCAGCUGCCUCUACAGCAUCCCCAUCCUCUGAUCACCACUGCCUUAGAUCGGCUCCGACGAGUGCUCCGCACCUUCCAUUUCAGCUUUCCUUCCGGCGAAAGUUGAGUUGAAGCAUGGCUCGAAAUGAGGAGAAAGCUCAGUCGAUGCUAAAUCGUUUCAUAGCAUUGAAAAAUGAAGAGAAAAAGAAACCAAAAGAACGUCGCCCAUUUCUUGCAUCUGAAUGCCGUGAUCUUGCUGAGGCUGACAAAUGGCGGCAACAGAUAAUGAGAGAGAUUGGUCGGAAAGUUGCUGACAUCCAGAAUGAAGGUCUAGGUGAGCACCGGCUUCGUGAUCUGAAUGAUGAAAUCAACAAAUUAAUCAGGGAAAAAUGGCACUGGGAACGCAGGAUUGUAGAGUUAGGUGGUCCAAAUUACACCAAACACUCUGCUAAGAUGACAAAUUUGGAAGGAGAUAUUGUUGAUGUGCCUAACCCUGGCGGAAGAGGUCCUGGCUAUAGAUAUUUUGGUGCGGCCAAGAAAUUGCCUGGUGUUAGGGAGCUGUUUGAGAAACCACCUGAGCUGAAGAAGAGAAGGUCUCGAUAUGACAUCUUCAAACGAAUUGAUGCUAGCUACUAUGGGUACAGGGAUGAUGAGGAUGGUAUCCUCGAGAAGCUCGAAGGUCCAGCGGAAACAAAAAUGCGAUCUGCAGCUCUUGAAGACUGGGUGAAGAUGGAAAAUAUUAAGAAGGAAGCAAAGAUGGCUGUCAAGAGUGGUGAAGUUGCAAGUGCAGCCCCUAUUCUAUUUGAAGAGGAGGAAGAUAUUGUUGAGGAGGAGAGGAGAGAAAAGGAAAAGGAAAACAAGAAAGAGCAAGAGUUUAUUGUCCAUGUGCCUCUUCCAGAUGAGAAGGAGAUAGAGAGAAUGGUUGUUGAGAAGAAGAAGAUGGAAUUGUUAAGUAAAUACAUGAGCGAGAAUCUCUUGGAAGAGCAAAAAGAAGCGAAGGACAUGCUUAAUAUUCAGCAGUAAUCGAUUUUGCUUUUUUGCAUCCAAUCAGGUAUUGCUUGUUAUGCCAAACUGAGGGAGAAAUUUGUCAUUUAGUUUACUUAAAUUUUAUUUUUCUUCUAAUGGUUGAGUUGCUCCAAGAAAAAACUGGCACCUGAACUAUCUUUUUUUAAUCUAGUGCCAUAAUACAUGCUCUAAUACGCUUGAUUUC